GUGGCAUCGGCGCUCGCGGACGGCAGUCUCGGAGCCGUCGGGGUUGUCGGUCACAUCGAGCCAACGUCGACCGUGCGUUUCCCGCAACGCGCUUCGCGUUCCGCACUUUCGCCCGCGGCGUCACGAUUUGUUAUGAUUCAGACGUACUUCACGAUAUAACAUGCAGCACAUCCAAGAAGUAGGAAGGCAGCAUCCAUAUGCUGCGCCCAUGCCGCCGAUAAACAAUCAACAGAACUUCAUGAAGCCGCCAAUCGCCGGGGAGCAGAAUCUAAAUCUGCAGAGUCCGCAGAUGCACCCGCACUUACUGUCAGCGCCGUCCGCGGAUCGCUCUCAGAUAAUGGGCCCGCCGACGGCGGGCGUUCCCGGUUCUCAGUUACCUCCGCGUUUGCCCGCGGGCCCUCACGGGCCGCACGGGCAAGCUCCCGUUGGCUACCAAGUUCACGGGACCAAUCACCCAAACGCCAACCUGCUCCAGUCCGGGAUGCCGCCGUACAAUUCGGCGCCGCCGCCACCGUUGCCGUCGCAGGUCGCGGCGAGCCCGGCAGAUCCAGACCCGUCGCAGUUCGCUCCGCCUCCUCCUCCGCCCCUCUCGUCGGGGCAACCCAUGGCGAGUCCCCCGGGGCCCGGUUACCCUCAGGCGCGACAGAAGCAGUAUUUACCGCCGAUGCCGGGCCAGGGUCUGACGAGUCCCGUAGGGCCGGGCUUGUCGCAACCUGGCCAGAAGCAGUACGGCGGCUCCAUGCCUCCGUUACCGGGGCAGGGUCUAGCCAGUCCUCUGGGGAUGAACCGUGCGUCGCCUGGCGUCACCUCGGGCUACCAGCAACUGGCGUACCAACAACAGCCUGGAUAUCACAACCAAAUGGACAUGUAUAACAAUCAGAGAAACCUGUAUCAGAGUAACGCACCGAAUGCCACGGGAUACCAACCGGGAUUGCAGCCUCAACAAGCUAGGCGACUUGACCCGGAACAAAUGCCGAGUCCGAUCCAAGUGAUGCAAGACGAUCAAAAUAUGAGGGGCGGCGUGUUCAUAACGAAUCAGAAAGGUCUCGUGCCGCCGUUGGUGACGACAAAUUUCGUGACUCAGGAUCAAGGAAACACCUCGCCCAGAUACAUCAGGUCCACUAUGUACACCGUUCCCACCACUACCGACAUCAUAAAGCAGACCAAUGUUCCCUUCGGACUCGUGAUAAGUCCGAUGGCUCGUAUCGUGCAAGGGGAAUGCGAACCACCGAUUGUAGACAUGGGCGAAAUUGGACCGGUACGUUGCAUACGCUGUAAAGCCUACAUGUGUCCGUUCAUGCAAUUUAUCGACGCCGGUCGAAGGUUCCAAUGUAUGUUCUGCAGAGCGACGACGGAAGUUCCAAAUGAUUAUUUCCAACACUUGGACCACACAGGUCAACGUUUAGAUCGUUACGAGAGACCUGAAUUAAUGUUGGGUACAUUUGAAUACAUAGCCACAAAAGAUUAUUGCAGGGAUAACGUUUUUCCAAAAUCACCAGCCAUUGUGUUCAUAAUCGACGUAUCGUACAAUACAAUUAAAUCUGGAUUAGUGAACUUAUUAUGUACAAAAAUGAAGUCCAUAAUAAAGAAUCUACCUAUUGACGCCGGACAGAGCAAAAGCGACAUGAAAGUUGGCUUUAUAACGUACAAUAAUACUGUGCAUUUUUAUAACAUCAAUCCUUGUCUUGCUCAACCACAAAUGAUGGUUGUUGGAGAUAUUCAAGAUGUAUUUAUGCCGCUGUUGGACGGAUUUCUGUGCGACGUCGAGGAGAGCGAGGCGGUGAUCGACAGUCUUAUGGCACAGAUUCCCGAAAUGUUUGCGGACACUGCAGAAACAGAAACAAUCCUUGCUCCUGCCAUACAAGCUGGAUUGGAGGCAUUAAAGGCAUCCGAGCGUUCUGGCAAAUUAUUAAUAUUCCAUUCAUCUUUACCAAUUGCCGAAGCACCGGGGAAAUUGAAAAACCGCGACGACCGCAAAGUACUUGGAACAGAUAAAGAAAGAACGGUGCUAGUGCCGCAAAAUAACGUCUAUAAUAAUUUGGGUCAAGAGUGUGUCGUCGCAGGUUGCAGUGUAGAUUUGUUUGUCUUUAAUAAUUCAUAUGUAGAUAUAGCAACAAUUGGUCAAAUUUGUCGUCUCACUGGAGGAGAGGUUUACAAGUACACUUAUUUCCAAGCCGAUCUCGAUGGCGAAAGAUUAAUUUCAGAUGUUGUUAACAAUAUAAGUAGGCCAAUCGCUUUUGACGCUGUUAUGCGAGUACGUACGUCUACAGGCGUCAGAGCGACCGACUUCUACGGGCAUUACUUUAUGUCCAAUACAACUGACAUGGAAUUAGCCAGUAUAGAUUGCGAUAAGGCCAUUGGAGUAGAAAUUAAACACGAUGACAAACUAACAGAUGACGAAGGUGUGUACAUUCAAGUGGCUCUGCUGUAUACUUCCUGCGGUGGUAUUAGAAGAUUGCGAAUUAUAAAUCUGAGCCUGAAAACUUCAUCGCAAAUGGCCGAAUUAUAUCGCGCAUGCGAUUUGGAUGCCAUUAUGAAUUAUUUUUCUAAGCAAAAUGUUUUUAAACUACUGGAAUCUACUCCAAAAACGGUGAAAGAUAAUUUGAUUGCACGAUGUGCAAAUAUGCUGGCUAUAUAUCGAAAACACUGCGCAACACCAUCCAGUGCUGGGCAAUUAAUAUUACCAGAAUGCAUGAAGUUACUUCCACUUUACAUAAACUGUUUAUUGAAAAGCGAUGCAUUAUCGGGAGGAGCUGAUAUGACCAUUGAUGAUAGAUCUUAUGUAAUGCAAGCAGUCGCAACAAUGCCUAUUUCCAUAUCCGUUGCAUAUACUUACCCUAGAUUGUUUCCUUUGCACGAUGUUGAUCCACAGGAUACGGAACUGCCUCCAAUGUUGCGGUGCUCUAUUGAUAAAUUUACAGACGAUGGCGCUUAUUUACUUGAAAACACCAUCCAUAUGUUCUUAUGGUUGGGCAUGGCGCUUUCUUCGCAAUGGGUACAGAGUGUCUUCGGAGUAACUUCGGUGGUCCAAGUCGAUACAGAUUGUACAACAUUGCCGAUCUUGGACACUUCUUUAAAUAAUAAAAUCAGGAAUAUUAUUAAUCGAAUAAGUGCAGAAAGACAUCGCUGUGUGAAAUUAACAAUUGUGAGACAACGUGAAAAAUUAGAAGUGGUGUUACGCCAUUUCUUGGUUGAAGAUAGAGGAAAUGAUGGAAGUCCUAGCUAUGUAGAUUUCCUAUGCCACAUGCACAAAGAAAUAAGAACACUUCUUAGUCAAUAAAUAAUUUUUUAAGUA